AUGUCGCAUCCUCACUCGCACAGCGGUCCCUGUGGGCACUCGCAUCACGAUGACGACUCGCACGUCGCACCUGAUGCUGGGGAUCAGGAUCUGCUCUUUACCUCGAUCGAUCGGGAUCGUGUUCUCACCCUCAACGAGUCGACGCCCGGUUCUGGGGCGGCCAUCAUCAAGACGUGGGAUCGACGUCUUGACGCUGAGCCAUCCUGCAUCUCGGACGCCGACGACCAGUUGAUCCUUCACAUCCCUUUCACUUCCUCGGUCAAGCUCACCACCCUGUUGUUCAGACCAUCGAGCGAGGCCGAUCUCACCCCGUCCUGCAUCAAGCUCUACAAGAACCUCCCGGAAUCCGCACUCAACUUUGACGACAUCUCCUCCUUACCCCCCGCCAAGGUCACGACAACGCUGGAGAGCAUUCCGACGAUAACCGAUACAAAGGACGUGAUAUCCUUCCCACUCCAACCCGUCAAAUGGGCCAACACGGACAGCAUCACGUUGUUCAUCGAGUCGAGCAUCGGUCGCGACCAAACCGGCCUCGCAUUCCUCGGCUUCAAAGGCAAAUCGUCCGGCUACACCCGCGGUGCACCCCAAAACAUCGUCUACGAAAGCGCCCCCCAGCUCAAGGACCAUUCCAAAGUCGGGACGGACAGCCUCGCUUCCACGCACGGUUUCGGUCACUAA